GUAAUGGAGGGGGUCACGGUCGGCCAGGUAUUUGAUGCGGAAUGCAUCCUCAGCAAACGGCCCAGAAAGGGGAAGCUGGAGUAUCUGGUGAAGUGGAGAGGAUGGUCGUCCAAGCACAACAGUUGGGAGCCAGAAGAAAACAUUUUGGACCCGAGGUUACUGGCAGCGUUUCACAAGAGAGAACAAGAGAGAGAGCUUCUGUUCCAGAAGAAAGGGAAGAGGCCGAGAGGACGUCCGCGGAAGAUUCUGCAGCCUGCUCCAGCUGUCCCUAAAGACAGCCGCUCCUCCUCUUCCUCUUCCUCCGUCCUUUCAUCGUCUCCUUCCUCCUCUUCCUCCGAAGAUGAAGAUCACACCAAGAAGUCGAAGCCUGGCCCUCGAGUCCACCCGGUUCCCCAGAAGAGGCCUCAGAUCAUGCUGGCCAAACCCGACCCCCCCUGCAAGAAGAAGCGAGGCAGGAAGCCGCUCCCCCCCGACAUAAGAGCUCUACGACAGGCGAAGAGUAGACCGCCUUCUCCUCCUCCUCCUCCUCCUCCUCCACCACCUCCUCCUCCUCCUCCUCCUCGCCACCACCAGGCGCUCAGACCGUCCAGGGAGGAUCCUCGGCCCGGCGUGAAGAAGCCGCUGCAGCCGGCCAGCUUCACCUACACCGGGAUGAGCCGGAGCGCCAGAGAAGAGGCCGCGUCCGCCUCACAGACCUCCAGCAGCUCCUUCGCCCAGAGCGCCGCCUCCAAACCCGGAUCCCUCAGCUGCAUUUGGACCAAUCGCUCCCUCUCUUCCUCUUCCUCCCACAAAGCCAGCGCUUCACAGAGUAAGAACUCGCUGUCCGAGCUGAAGCGCUCCAUCUCAGAAACCGGCGGCAGCAGAGGAGACGGGUUCAAAGUGUCCGCUCUGAAACCAGGUGGAGGUUCGGGGUCUCUGGGCGGGUUUAUCGGGGGCCAGGCGGGGGUCCAUCGCUCCCCGCUGGCUCAGAGGAGGCAAGAGGGCCUCGGGGGUCAGAGCGGGUCGGUUCAUCACAAGCAGCAGAACUCCAGUCUAUCCAAACCGUCAGCCUCGCCGACGCCACGAGACCGAGCCAACCAGGCGCUGAGCCUCCGAGCCCUCAACCUGCAGAGCGUCAGCAAGCCGCUAGCCGGCAGCAGCCUGCAGGGGGCGCACACGAGCAGCGCCGCGCCGUCCAGGUCCAGUUUGAGGAGCGGGGUCGUCGUAAAAGGAGCGGCGGGAGGCUUCAAAGACACUCGAACGUCGGCCGGGCAUCGCUCGGGUCUGCCAGCAGGAGGUGGCGCGGAGCAGGCGAGGUUACGAGAGGACAGGAAGGAAAUGUUAGGAGACACUAAGAAGAUGGCGGGCGGCGGCGGGCGGGGGAACGGCAGCGUGAGGCAGGAGGAGCGGAAACAAACCCGCAGCCUGAACGAGCUCAGCACCGGAGACUCCGACGAGACCAGCAGCAGCGAUUCGGAGCACGACACCGUCCUGUAUCCUAGCAACAGCCGGCCCAGCCUCGGCAACGACGCCACCGAGUCGGACACGGAAACGGACUGGCGGCCGACACGCAACCUCCUGGAGCACGUGUUCGUCACCGACGUCACGGCCAACUUCAUCACGGUGACGGUGAAGGAGUCGCCGACCAGCGUCGGAUUCUUCAACUCUCGGAAUCACUGAAGGACGAACUGUCUUACGACUCUUCCCGCAGCAGCUCUCAGGGUUCCUACAAACACACACAUGCACACGUUCACCAAUCCAGACACAAACACAGCGGAUCAUCUAUCGAGCAUUUAUCACAUGGAAGAAACAAUGUAGGAACCCUGAUGUUUAAAACCCCCGUUUCCUCCCGAUGUUAAAACACAGUCUGAGUCCGAAGAUGGAAACAUACGAACUAAGAGUCACGAAAGUCGACUUUUAUCCUCGUCAAGCGACGCCACUGAUAUCGGGGCCAUAUACGUAAAUAACUUAAUAAAAUACUGACCUGGAGGAGGGAUGAGGGACGGUAAUAUUUAGAGAAAAAACUCAGAAUUAUUAAGAUUGAAGUCGUAAAUUUACAAGAAAAAAACUUGGAUAUUCUCUGACAUUAUAAAGUCGCAAAUUUGCGAGAAAAAAGUAUGUGACUGCUUGGCAGAAUAAAACACAUUUUUUCUAGUUUUUUUCUCGUAAAUUUGCGACUUUAUAACAUCACAGAAUAUCUGACUUUUUUUCCCCGUAAAUUUGCGACUUUAAUCUCAGAGUUUUUGCUCAGAAUAUUACCGAAGUCAGUAUUUUUUUUCUUUUUACAUAUUUGGCCGUCGUAUUUAAUUGAUGAACUGAUAAUAAUGAAUAGAAUGAACCAAACAUUUGAUGGUUGCAGCUUCUCAAAAGUGAGUUUGCUGCUUUUCUUCGUAACUGAGCAUCUUUCGGGUUUUUUGACUGUUUCUGAAUUUUUCGGAUGUUUUUAGAGAACAAACGAUGAAUUAAUUAGCAGGUUGUUACGAAGAGAGAAACACUACAGUUGCAGCUCUACUUACUUUGACUGAUCCUGUAAUGUUUGCUCCUCCAGCAGCUCUGAAACUCUAAUCUUAACCUUAUUAAAGGAUCAUUUCACCAAAAUACAUUUUCGCAGAUUUCGAGUGUUAAAGUUUGACAGCUUUAAAUUACAACUUUUUUUAAAUAACCUUUUUUUUUGUUCAGCGACAGUUAACUAUGAUGAAUAUACCAUAGUCCAUGGUCUUCAUCAGCAGACUGAUGGUUGACCAUUGGUGUUACCUGAGCUUUCAAGUGCAGCUCAUGGUCCUCUUCAGCAAACAGAAGUUUCAGUCAUGAUAACACAGACGGUCGAUAUUAUUAAUCUUCACUCACAGACUAC